UGUGGUGUGAGGUGAGUUUGUAGAAUCUUAUUAAUUAAUUAGCAGUGCGCACCUUCUUCUGUGCGCCGCGCCCUCCAUUUAUUUAGUUUCUCGAGAAGAGCUCCAGAAGAGAGGGAGAGGGGAUGGAGUUAAUUAGAGAAUUAGGGCAGCUGUUCGUGACGGUGCUGCUGACCGGAUUCGGGAUCAGCGUUGUGAUUCCGGCGAUGACGGACGUAACGGUGGAAUCUGUGUGUCCAGGGCGAGACCAGUGCUCCCUCGCCAUUUAUCUCGCCGGCUUCCAACAGGCGAUAACUGGAUUUGGAGCGAUGUUUGUGAUACCGUUGAUCGGUAGUCUAUCGGACAAAUAUGGAAGGAAAAGUUUAUUGACUGUGUCCAUUGCGCUCUCCAUUAUGCCUCCCGCGAUAUUGGCGUAUGAAAGAAGCACCAGUUUCUUCUACGCGUACUAUGUGAUGAAGACUCUCACCGCCAUGCUGUGCGACGGCGCGUUACUUUCACUCGCCCUCGCCUAUACGGCAGACAAAAUUCCGGCCGACCGGCGAAUAUCGGCGUUCGGAAUCAUAUCUGGAGCUUUUUCAGCAUCUUUCUUGUGCGGGAGCUUUGCCGCAAGGUUCCUUCCUAUUGACGCAACCUUUAAGGUUGCAAUGGGUGCAUCAUUACUUGCAACGGUGUACAUGAGGGUUUUUCUAGAAGAGAGUAUUCCAUAUGAAAUUGAUGAGUUAUCUCAGCCAAUUUCCAAGACAGAAGGAGAAGGCGAUGUCGAUGUUCCCGAAUUGUCGAGAAGAGCUCUGACGACGUUCAAAAGAGUUCCCUCUAUCAAAGAAGUCAUCCGCUUGCUCCGUAGCAGCUCGACAUUUUCAAGGACGGCAAUGGUUUGUUUCUUCAAUAACCUUACGUUGGGUUGGUUACAAGCCUCAUUGAUGUACUACUUAAAGGACCGUUUUCACUCCAACAAAGACCAAUUCGCUAGCUUAAUGAUAUUUUUUGGGGCUUUGGGGACCAUCUCACAGAUGAUAGUGGCGUCUUCUUUGUCAGCUAUCAUAGGGGACGAACGAUUACUUUCUGUAGCACUCUUUGCAACCUUUACAUAUUCGUUCGUUUUAAGCAUAGCUUGGUCAUUUUGGGUUAUUUAUGCUUCAUGUGCACUUUUUCUUCUCUCUUUUUGCGCGAUUCCAACGACUUGUAGUAUUGCAUCAAAGCAAGUGGGGGCUCACAAUCAGGGGAAAGCUCAAGGAUGUCUUUUUGGCAUUCAAAGUUUUGCUUAUGCAAUAUCUCCAUUAAUUUUCAACCCUCUAGCAGCUCUUUUCCUAUCCGAGGAUGCACCAUUUGACUUUCCUGGGUUUAGUAUUUUGUGCAUCGGACUUAAUACGUUGGUUGCCUUUGUGUUGAGCCUUACGAUAAAAGAAAAUCCAUCAAUUUCAAGUGAAGAAGAUCAUUAGUGAUGGGCUCCUAUAAAUAAUGCUUCCAUCCCCAAAAACAACUCUACUUUGUACAUUUUUUGGCUCUAGAAUUCAUGUAAUAUAUUACAGAAUUCUUGUAUACAUAUAUUACCUUCAAAUAAUGAUGGUAAAUGGUUAUAAUAAAUUAUUGACCAA